GUUUAGGUUUUGCUUUUCUCUUCUCUAUUUCUUCGGCUUUGUUCCUUGGCAGGAGUGUAAAGUUUUGCACGAGUUCUUCUUCGUCGGUGUUCGACUUCGCUCCUUCGACGAUGUUCCCUUCCGGUUGGAGCGGAAGUUACGACAUUUUUUGAUCGGAAGCAACAACGGGAGCUCGGUAGCUGUGAAGGGAAAGAAGGCGGGGGUGGAAAGAGAUGGCGUGGCCAUUAAAUCGAAGUCGAUGGAGGAAGAAAAGCACAGAGAGUAAACGCUACUUCAUUUUCCUCUCUCUAACCCUCACUUUCCUCCUCAUCUCCCUCUUCCUCUUCUUCUUUUCCUUUGCUUCCUCCUUCCAGUUCUCUCUUCUCCCCAAAACCCUUUCUCGCUCACAUUCCACAACAAUCCAAUGUGGACCCCAAACGCUCACCGGUGCAAAAUCGCUGGCCGGCGAACGCUUCAUCUGGUAUGCCCCACACAGUGGCUUCAGCAACCAGCUUUCGGAGCUCAAGAAUGCCAUCAUAUUCGCAGCUAUACUGAACCGAACCCUAAUCGUGCCCCCAGUACUGGACCACCACGCCGUUGCGCUCGGAAGCUGCCCUAAGUUCAGAGUUACCAGUCCUUCUGAUCUUCGCAAUGCAGUGUGGGAUCACGUCAUGGACCUCGUCCGGGACCAGAGGUACAUCUCAAUGGCUGAUAUAGUAGAUUUGUCUUCCGUUUCACCCAGAGCGCUCAAAAUAAUUGAUUUUAGGAUUUUUGCUUCACUUUGGUGCGGCUUAAAUAUGGAUGGAACUUGCCAUGGGAAUCUAUGCUGUGCUAUUUCUAGUGUGGAAUCUACAUCAAACAACUUCAAUUACUGUAGGUCUCUCCUCUCUGGUUUGUAUGGUAAUGUGAAGCAGUGUCUUCAUGCUGUGGAAGAAGAUUGUAGGACAACAGUAUGGACUUAUCAACAAGGUAAUGAUGGGACCUUGGACUCGUUCCAGCAAGAUGAGCAGUUCCAGAAACGAAAGAAAAUUUCUUUUCUACGGCAGCGCAGAGAUCUCUACAAGGCCUUCGGACCUGGUUCAGAAGCUGAAAUGGCCAAAAUUCUUUCUUUUGGGAGCCUUUUCACUUCACCUUAUAAAGGUUCUGAGCUUUAUAUUGACAUCCAUGAAGCACCUACAGAUUCUCGUAUACAGUCACUGCUUGAGGAUAUACAGUUCCUUCCAUUUUCUCCUGAACUAAUAGCUUCUGGAAAAGAAAUUGCUCAAAACAAAAUCAAGGAACCGUUUCUAUGUGCGCAGCUUAGAUUACUGGAUGGACAGUUUAAAAACCAUUGGAAAACUACAUUCUCAGCACUCAGAGAGAAGUUGCAGUCCUUGCAUGGCUUGAUUCAUAUUUUCAUCAUGACAGAUCUUCCCACCAGCAACUGGACUGGAACUUACCUGGAAGAAAUAGCAAGUAAUACCAAAUCGUAUAAGCUGUAUACCUUGACUGAGAACGAUAAGUGGGUGGUCCAGGCUGCCAAGAGGCUUGUAGCUGCUGAAGGAGGCUUCAGCUCCGGCUUUCUUCCAAGGAAUAAAAAUGGAGUUUGUAGCCCUGCGUUAUUACCAGAUAUUCUAUUAUACGUUGAGGAAAUUGUGUGUAGUUGUGCUUCAGUUGGUUUUGUCGGAACUGCAGGAUCAACGAUCGCAGAAAGCAUAGUAAUGAUGAGAAAGAGAAACAUCUGCAAAUUAUAGACAGUCCUAGUUCGCCAUUUCUACUAGACAAAUGGAAUGGCUGGUUUUCUAUUAUUAAAUCCAAUGGUGCAAGCAGUUCAAUCAAAAUUUUCGAUGCAGUCGAUGCUCCUUUGAGAAAUUUUGAUGUCUUUGGGUAUUUCUGCUGCCCGAAAGUAUUUUAUGGAGAUUAUCCUGUAUAGCGGGAGCAAUUAUUCUGUGCGGAUACCUGUUUCGUGCUCGGUAUCAAGCACAGUACAUUUUUGAGGCGACGUGUCGCAUUUUUAUUAGUAUCCGGACGAAUCUGGACGUCACACGUAAUAAUUUUUCCUCAGAGGCCAUCCUUCGCUUGUGGUUUACCGGUAAAUUAACGUUUAUGCUCCUCUGCAGAUUUGUGAAAUGCAAACUCAUCUUUUAUGAUUACCUUCCAUGAUACUAUAGAUCUUUUAUGGUUAUUCAUCUAAAUAUCUAAUGAUGAAAAUGGCAGUAGUGACCUAGCUUGAUUUUAUUUUGCUCUAUAUGAAGACCACUGUACUUGACUAAGGCUGUAAGGGAAUGAAAAUCAUGAAAUUAUCCUCUGAUUUGUUAA